AUGGCGACGUCCAAGUGCAUGUGGUUCGCAUUCGCCAUCACCUUCGCCGUGGUGGCGGCCACCCUGCAGCCGUCGGCGGCGACCAGAGUCCUCGACGCAGACCAAGAAGCAGGUUCUUCUCGGCCGCCGGCGUGGCGUCCCCGGCCGCUCCCUCCGCUUCCUUGCAUCCCAGGCCUGCCGCGUCUGCCGUGGCUGCCGCCCUGCAACAACGACUCAUCGUCAUCAUCAGGCGGCGCACCGAUCGUCCCGCACCCGCCGCUCCCUCCGCUUCCUUGCAUCCCGGGCCUACCGCGGCUCCCGUGGCUGCCGCCCUGCAACAACGACUCAUCGUCGUCGUCAGGCGGCGGCGGCGGCGCGCCACCUUCGCCGGUCGACCCGCCGCAGCCGGCAGAGUGCCGCACGUCCCUGUCGGGGCUGGCGCCGUGCGCCAACUUCCUCACCAACGCCACCAGCGGUUCGGCGCACCCCGCGGCCGCGUGCUGCGACGGCCUCAAGUCGCUGGUGAAGGACGCGCCCAUCUGCCUCUGCCACGCCAUGAACGGUGACCUCGGCAAGGUUCUGUCGGCGCCCGUGCUACGCUUGCGCGUGAUGGCGCUCCCCCGCAUGUGCCGCGUCGCUGUGCCGUUUGGCACGCUUCGCAAGUGCAUCAGGGGGCCUGUGCCGCCGAUGGAUGCGUCACCAUCUGCACCACCGGCAGCAUAA